AUGGCUACCAAAUAUGAUACUCUUGAACCGGUCAAUGCCUUGAGUAUAUUGUCUACAAAAACUUUGUUAGAGUUCGAUGUAAACAAACCAAGAAAGACUACAGAGGAAUCUGCUCCUUUGCUUGGAAACCCUUCUAAACCACUUGUAGGCUUUACUUUGGACGACUUGCCUGAACUCACCACAUUCAGAGAAAAGUUUCCUGAUUCAGUAUUCAGGCCAGGUAUGAAGUUGCUUGAUUUUGCCUGUGGUACAGGGUUGGUCACUAUGAAGUUACCACCAUAUCUUGCUGAGAAAGGCAAGACAACUGAAAUCGUGGGAAUUGACAUAAAUCCCAAACUUUUGAGCAUAUUCAACGACAAGGCCGAAAAGCACAUAUCUGAAGAAGUUUCCAUAAAAUCAUAUAUCUACGAUAUCUUGGACCCAGAGCUUCAGCCUGAGCUUUCAGCAAAGUUUGGUGGAAAAUUCGAUGCUAUCAUCUGUACCAUUUCAUAUCAUCACAUCGAUAGCUACCGUGAGGUCACCAAGAAAUUGGCUGAAUUUUUGGCUCCAGGAGGUUGGCUCUUUAUUGUUGAUUUCUACAAUGAGGAUGUUGAAAAGGAUAUCCCAGCAGAAAAGGCGGGCAAUGCUGUCAGACACAUGGGAGGUUUAAAAGUAGAUGCUCUAAACGAAACCUUGGGCAGCUUCAGUGGCUUGACCAACGUGAGUGCAGCCAGAGAAUUCUGUGUCAAGUUGUGGCAACCAGAUAUCUUUAUUGAAAACCAUUCUCGCCAGGACAUCGUCGAUAAGAUGAAACUGGGUGACUUGGAAUCAAAGAAUGUCAAUGGUGAUAUUACGUACUUGGUGGAUAACAGUAUCAUUAUUGCUGUUGGACAAAAGAGCUAG